CUCCACAUUGACUUAUAUGAAUCAGAUCCCACGUUUGCUUAUAAGAAGACAAGUCAGGUUUCAGCUCUAGCUGGAAAGGAACAUCCCUUGGGUUUCCACAGUAUUUUACGUUAAACCAUCUUAAGAGCAAUUCUUUUCAGUUAUAUUUAAGAAUUGUUGCGUUGUUUUGGGCGUUCAAAUUAAUCAACCAAUGGAGGGUUGUUCAUCAGAUGGGUCCACUUCGUUUUUUAGCUCAAGGGUGGCAGAUGGAUGGGAUCUGAUUAGCACUGAGUUUGGGUUAGUGGAGGGAUCUGAUAUCAAUGGUGGAGUCACGGAUUCUGUAACAGACCAUCACCAAUUGAAUCAAGGUGAAACAUCAGAAGCUUCAUACCAAACCACAGAAGGUGGUGGCCACGGCGGUAGAGCUAAGCUUACUCCAGCUCAAAGAAAAGAAAACAAAAGACUAAGUGAUCACAAGUAUAGGCAAAAGCGCAAGAUAACAGCAGAUGAACAGGCUGCCGAGAUUAAACACUUGAAAGAGGAAAAUGAACAGUUAAAUGCUGAGAAUAGAAGGUUAAAACAGAAAAUACUGCUCUCCCAUGGGCAACUUGAGCAUCAAUGUUUUUCAGCCCAGGAUCACCAUGGAUCUAGACCUGAAGCUUCAGACAGGCUCAGCAGUUUACAAAUGAAUGAAAUAAAAAAUCUGCAGCAGAUGAAUUCUGAAGCUGGGACAUGCAGUAAUGAUGAUACAUCCAUUUCCGACCUUCUUAUGAAGAUCGAUGCUGAUGAGGAGAGCAAAGUGAAGUUCACGGACUUCACUGGCUUAGAUGGGAAGCACGUCACAGUAGGCAAAUAUUGUUUCCCACUGUCCCUGCUUUCGACUCUAAAACUCAUCAUUAAUGUUUACGGUGAUGUUGCUGCAACAAGUAAGAUGAGCCCGAGUAUUACCGAGAGGAUCUAUGUAAUGUUCUGCGCUUCAAUCAAAGAGAUGCAUGAUCUACGACUUGAGCAAAUCACCGAGUGUAGGAUAUUGAAGUGGAGAGAUGCCAUCAAGGAUGCUUUACGUAUGAAUUUCAAGGUGGAUUUCGCCAUGGAACAUUUGAAGAAAAUUGCUUGCGCUUAUAUCGGUUUAAUGGAACGUCAAAGGCUGGAGGAGGUGGCUUUAAGGAUCUCCAAGUUAGAGGCUGAGUUGAGUGCUAGCAAAAAGGAGCACUCUAAGAUAUGUGAACGGUUCAAGGUGUACAUGGAUACUACAAAAGAGUUCAUUGGCAAGCCUGUUAGCUUGGGAAUGUUGAAAGCUCAGAACAGGCGCUUGGAAGACCGGAACAGGCGAAGACAAAGGUACUUAGAUGAUCUUGAACAGUCAAUCAACAACUAUAGACUUGAAAAUGCCCAGAUAAUGAAAACGAUACAAGUAAAAACCCAGCAUUACUUGGACAUUGAGACCGAAAACAUUGUGCUGAGAGCUGAACAAUCGGAACUUAAUGCGAGAUUGCAGAGCUUGAAUGAGACUGUGAGCAUCAGUUUGAUGAAAGAAAGCAAUGAUGGUGAGGGUGGCAGGAUACAAUCAUAAGCCUUCCUGAUCUAUGUCAACCUAUUUUAACCUGUGCAGAUAUGUUAUUGAUGAUCUCCAGCAGCUUACUACUGGUUACUCACUAUAAAUUUGUUUGUGCACUGUAAAUUCUUUUGACCAGAAAGUAGUAGUCUUCAUGGCGUGAUUGUUGACUUAAUCAUGUCAGCUUGGCCUUCUUUCCUUUAUUUUAUUUUAAAGAAUCUUGAGCUUAAUUUUUUUUAUCCAUCAAA